UCCGUGAGCAAUAACAAAGGCUAAUCUGAAGCCAGGAAGAUCCACCUGGUGACUCCUGUGGAAGACAGCGACACAAACCACGUUGAUUUAACCCUGAGUCCGUGAUGUAUAUGUGAACGUUUCCCGGAUCCGAAUAGCGUUGGUUCGGACCAGGGGAGACUUUAAUGGAUUUUUUAUGUGGGACUCGCUAGGAUGGACGUGGUAGAUGAAACAGAAGCGUUACAGAGAUUUUUUGAAGGUCAUGAUAUUACCAGUUCUCUGGAGCCAGCCAACAUCGACACCAGCAUUCUGGAAGAGUACAUCAGCAAGGAGGACGAUAGCACCGACAUCUGUUUCUCUGAGGUCCACAGCACCCCAGGACCGAAUUACUCAUCUCCCCAGGCAGGAGCGUCCUCCUCUGGGGGGUUGGUGUGUGGUUUGAGCCCCCCUAUUCCAUUACGUCAAGGAUCCCUCCCACCUGGAGCCCCCACCUGUCAGAACGCCUACCCCCCAGGUCCAUCUGUGGGCCUUCGACACAACUACCCCUGCUUAGGACAGCAGCAGCAGCAGCAGCAGGCGUACAUCAAGCCUGAGCACAGGGGCCACUACGCUCCGGGGACUCUGCCUGAGUCGCCCCCUGACUCCAGCUCUGAGCCAUACUCUCCACAGCAAGUGAAUGAUUCUCACAUGAUCAGGACUAUGACACCAGAGAACAUGUGUCACAUGACCCCAACGCCCCCCCUCCACUACACCAGCAUGCAUCGGGACAUGUACCUGAAGCCGGAGCCGAUGACUUCGCAGUAUGCUGUCGGUCCCACCUCCGGCGGAAGUGGCGACAUGCAGCAGACGCAGAUGCUGCAUCAGCUGCUGCAGCAUCCUCAGGGGCAAGAAGGCGUCCCUAUUCAUCAGACCAAGAAGAGGAAGCACUCGGACUCACCCAACAGCACCCUCAAUGCACAAAUCCUCACAGGUAUCAUCAAACAAGAACCAGGUUUAAUGCAGGAUGGAGACAACGCCUACCUGGACCCCAACUAUCAGUGCAUUAAGUGGCAGCCUCACCAGCAGAACAAGUGGACGCCUCUGUACGAUGUCAACUGCAAAGAGCUUCCAAUGCCCACGUACCGUGUGGAUGCAGACAAGGGCUUCAACUUCUCCUUGGCUGAUGAUGCCUUCGUGUGCCAGAAGAAGAACCAUUUCCAGGUCACAGUUUACGUGGGCAUGCUGGGCGACCCCAAGUACAUCAAGACAAAUGACGGGCUGCAGCCCAUAGACUGUUUCUAUCUGAAACUACAUGGAGUGAAGGUUGAGGCGAUGAACCAGUCAAUCAGCGUGGAGCAGUCGCAGUCUGACCGCAGCAAGAGACCCUUCAAACCGGUGCUAGUCACCUUGCCCUCAGAGCAGGUCACAAAGGUCACGGUGGGCCGUCUUCACUUCAGUGAGACCACGGCAAACAACAUGAGGAAGAAGGGCAAACCGAACCCUGACCAGAGGUAUUUCAUGCUGGUGGUGGCGCUGCAAGCUCAGUCCCACAGUCAGAGCUACACUGUGGCUGCUCAUGUAUCUGAGAGGAUCAUCGUCAGGGUAACGUCUGGCCAUGCGUCAAACCCCGGUCAGUUUGAAAGUGACAAUGAGGUUCUGUGGCAGCGCGGUCAGCUACCAGACUCCAUCUACCACCACGGCAGAGUCGGCAUCAACACCGACCGUCCGGACGAGGCUCUCGUCAUCAAUGGCAACGUGAAGGUCAUGGGCUCUCUGGUUCACCCAUCGGACAUCCGGGCCAAAGAAAAUGUCCAGGAGGUCGACACCACAGACAAUUUGAAACGGAUUUCUCAGAUGAGACUGGUUCAGUACCAGUACAAGCCCGAGUUCGCUGCCACCGUGGGCAUAGAGAACACCGCACAGACCGGAGUCAUUGCUCAGGAGGUGCAGCAGAUCCUACCGGAGGCAGUGAAGGAGGGCGGUGAUGUGGUCUGUGCCAACGGAGAAACUAUUCCCAAACUGCUGGUUGUAAACAAGGAUCUCAUCUUUAUGGAGAACGUGGGUGCAGUGAAGGAGCUGUGCAAGCUGACUGACAACCUAGAGAACCGCAUCGAUGAACUGGAGCGCUGGAGUCGCAAACUGGCCAAGCUGCGACGUCUGGACAGCAUGAAGAGCACCGUCAGUGGAGGCACUGUCAGCCAAUCAGGGAGCUACUUUAGCAGGACAGGAAGUGGUCCACUCAGGAAGAAGACGGUCAAAUCCGGGACCAAAAAUUCACCUCCAGAUCAGGGCUGCAUCAGUCAGAGGUUCAUGCAGGGAACCAUCCUCGCCCUCGUCAUUGUCAUGGCCUUCAGUGUGAUAUCCAUGUCUGUUCUGUACGUGCUGACGCUUCACCACAGAGGAGAGGUCACUGACAGCUCUGUCCCGUCCUGUGUCCUCUACAUCUCUUGGAUGCCCGUCUUUACCGCCACUGUUACUUUCUGUCCAUCUGUGUGCUCAUGGUCCAGAGCUGCUCUGGGAUCUGCACACAGGAGUCAGUUUAUUCCACUGUCCACGGCUCCUGCACCUGCGUGCUGUUCGACUACACCCAUGAACAACCAGUCUGCUACAACGUUGACACUGAACAGCAACCAGUCCACAACCGAUUCAGAGAGCCUGGUCCCCACGCCUGCUGUCAUCAAUAAGAAGGCCAAGUCCAGACUGAUGGACAAGGACGCCCACAGUAGAAACCGUCUAAGUCACACGUCAGCGCCUUUGUACUUUUCCAAGUCCAAAAAACCAGCGUCCGCUGACCAGGAGGGUGCGGGCGCUAACAACCGCCUGCCUGGGGGUCAGCCGUCGCCACGGAGACAACGCAGCCUACACGCCAAGGGAGGAAUGUCCGCUCCCUCGCUGACGGGUCUACACAUCGUGGAAACAAACCAAGCCAUCGCCACACAGAAUUGUGCAACACCUAAGAGCUGCAGCUACACAAUAUCACUGCAUGGAAACAGGAAUUCUUCAGCGUCUGUGGAUGAACAGCUGAUAUAG